UGAGAGAUGUGAUACUAGCAAUAAGAGCUGACGAAGCUCAUCAUUGUGAGGUCAAUCAUACUCUUUCAUCUAUGGACAUGGAUAAACAGAAUCCAUUUGAACCUGGGAAAUAAUCAAAACUUUUGAAUUCAUUUUUACUCGUCAUUAUUUAUUUUUUCAUCAUCUUUUCAUUAUUUUUUUGGUGGAAUUGAUUUCUUUUUUUAACCCCCAUAAUGAUUAAGAUGGCGGUCAAAAUGGAGCUGUUUACUCGAUUUUGUAGUGGGUCCUUCGCCAAGCUCUUGCCUUCCUGUGGUGGACUAUUAUCUCAGAGCCCUUGGAACAAUACUGUACGCUCUUGCAGUGGUGUUGCUGGUAACGUCACGUGGCUAAAGAAAUGGGGAAGGAGAGACAUGAAGAGGAGGAGAAUGGUUGCUGAGUAUGCUGAUCACAGGCUCAGACUGAGGGUGAUUAAGAAGUCGAAUAUGCUGCCUGUCCAAGUAUUACAAAAAGCUAAGGCAGAUUUAGCUGCACUUCCAAAAGACAGUUGCAUGACUCGUGUUCGUAAGCGUUGUACUAUGACUGAUCGGUCUAGGGGUAUUGUUACACAGUAUAAAGUUUGCAGGCACAAGUUUAAACAAUAUGCUGAUGCAGGAUUAAUACCAGGACUCAAAAGAUCAAUGUGGUAGAUUAACGAUCAAUCCAGACUAUGAUAACUAUUUAUUGCAACAAAAAUUUAAAAAUUAUAUUAUUAAAAAUGUUAAAAUAUUA